AAGUGACGUUCAUAUGUAGAUGAGGCUGUGAUGAACUGUUGCUCAGCGCUGACGCUCGUUUAUUUCACCAUUCCUAGAGGUUCUGCAGCCUCGGAGCAGAAAUGUUGUUCAGUCCAAAUGAUUUAUCCGAGUGUCUUCGGGAAUGGGACGACUUGGAGAAAGAUUAUGAGCAAAUCCAGGACACUCAUCGCCUUUAUAAACAGAAGCUUGAAGAAGUGAGCAAACUGCAAAACAGCUGCUCCAGUGCUAUAGCACGGCAGAGGAAGAGACUGGGAGAGCUCACUUUGUCACUAAAGGGAUGCAAAAAGACCCCCCUGACGUCAACGCUGAGCCCGAAAGAGAUCGAGUCGAUUGCUGAAAUGGAAGAGUCCAUCAAAGAUAAAACAAAUGUUUUCUUUGAGAUGGAAGCAUUUCUGCCAAGGAAAAAUGGGUUGUACCUCACGCUUGUUUUGGGCAACAUUAAUGUCACCCUCCUGAACAAGCAGGCCAAGUUUGCAUAUAAAGAUGAAUAUGAGAAGUUUAAACUGGUCCUGACCGUCAUCCUCUUCAUGUUUUCCUUCACAUGUCGCUUUUUGUUCAGCUACAGAGUCCUGGACGCUCUGUUCAACUUCCUGCUGGUGUGGUAUUACUGCACACUCACCAUCCGGGAGAGUAUCCUCAUCAGCAAUGGCUCCAGGAUCAAAGGUUGGUGGGUUUUCCAUCACUAUGUGUCAACCUUCUUAUCUGGAGUCAUGCUCACUUGGCCUGAUGGCGCCCUCUACCAGAUGUUUAGGAACCAGUUUCUUUCAUACAAUCUCUAUCAAAGUUUUGUCCAGUUCCUGCAGUAUUACUACCAGAGCGGCUGCCUUUACAGACUCAGAGCGCUGGGAGAAAGACAUACUAUGGACCUAACAGUCGAGGGCUUCCAGUCCUGGAUGUGGAGAGGCCUUACCUUCCUCCUUCCCUUCUUGUUCUUCGGUCAUUUUUGGCAGCUGUACAACAGCAUGACGCUGUUCAGGAUGUUCCAGCUGCCGGAGUGUAAAGAGUGGCAGGUCUUGAUGUGCGGCUGCUCCUACAUGGUGCUGUUCAUGGGAAACCUGUUCACCACGCUGAGGGUGGUUUAUCAGAAAUAUAUGAACAAUGAAGACAAGUCCAAGCCUAUGUGAGCCUCCUCUAACCAGAGCAGAUCACCAAGACUGGACGGAAUCCAUUAUGGACCAUUUAGUCGCUCUGCUACUUGAAUGUGAUUUCAGGCUGCUGUACAUAAAGUUUUUCUAAACUGAAUCAAAUCAAUUUUAUUAUGAUAUUAAGUAAAAAAAAAAAAAUCAAUCCCUACUUUGCAGUUUUCUUGUCUUUCUAAAGAAUUUUCAAUUAAUUUCAAAGAUUCUGAGAGUUUGGAGAACUAUUUCGCUGAUAAAUGCUGUCUGAAUUAAAUCCUAUUUAUUUAAAACUUGA